AUGGGCUCAAGCAAAGGCUCGCCCCCGCCCUCCGCCGCGGGCCCCUCUUCGGCCGGGGCCGCGCCGGCGCCGGUGGGGGCGGUGCCGAAGCCGCCGGAGGUGGCGCCGUUCCUCACCAAGGUCUACGACAUGGUCUCGGACGCGGCCACCGACAGGGUCAUGUCGUGGUCCGACGCCGGCAACAGCUUCGUGAUCUGGGACGCGCACGCCUUCGAGCGCGACCUGCUCCGCCACCACUUCAAGCACAACAACUUCAGCAGCUUCAUACGCCAGCUCAACACCUAUGGAUUUCGUAAAGUUGACCCUGAUAGAUGGGAGUGGGCCAAUGAGGGGUUUCUUAGGGGCCAAAAGCAUCUUCUGAAAAUCAUUAAGAGAAAGAAGAGACCUCAGGAAGCAAGUCGUGAGUUGGAGAAGGCACCUGUCAAAGCUUCACCUGGUACUGAAAAUAUUGAAAUAGGAAGAUAUGGCGGGCUUGUAAAGGAGGUGGAAACCCUUAAGAGGGAUAAAGCUCUUCUAAUGCAGCAGCUUGUGGAUCUCAGGCACUACCAGCAAAGCUCUAACCUUGAAGUCCAGAGUUUGAUUCAACGCCUUCAACUAAUGGAACAGAACCAGAAGCAGAUGAUGGCACUUCUAGCAAUCGUUGUCCAGAACCCUAGUCUUCUCAACCAGCUUGUGCAGCAGCAGCAGCAGCAGCGCAGGAACAGCUGGCGUUAUGAGGAUGGAAACAAGAAAAGGAGGUUCCCUGCUCUAGAGCAGGGUCCUGUAACUGAUCAGGAGACUUCUGGCGCAGGGGCCGAAAUUAUUCAGUAUCGCCCCCCUGUCCCUGAAACCUCUAGCCAAGUAAUAGCAGAUGAAGCAUAUUUGUCGGCCACCGCAGAACCAAUCUCAAGUCCUCCACUUAACAUGCCCAUGGACAUCGACACUGAAACGACCUCAGACAACCUCAACACACAAGGUUCAUCCGGGGACAUUUUUGCUGACAUGCCUGCUCUACCAGACUUUGAUGACAUGCAACUGUGGUUUGGCGAAGACGGGGAACUUACUUUAACUAUUCAAGAUUAUGAUGAAUCUCCACAGUCAGAGCAGGACUGUCAGAUGGAAGCACAGCAUAACCACAAUAACCCUCAAUAUGGUAUUCCCUAG